ACCUUCAUCUAUCGCGCGCGCAAAACACACAGAACACAAACAGAGACACACAUUCACACUCUCCGACUCCUUCAAUUCCGUUCAUCUUCUUUUCUUCACUCUGUUUUAAUUUAACCCACUAAAUUGCACACCUAUACUACGUUCCUAACCCUAAUUUUUGAAUUAAUUUUACUAUACGAAAACCCUAUCCCUAAUUCUGCAUUAUCGACAAUUCUAAUGGCAGAGAUUCAGCCGCCGGAGGGACAAUUAAACGGCGGCGGAACCCUAAUUCUGAAUUCUUCCGAACCAAUCGCAUCGAAGCGGCAGCGAAGGCCCAGUGUCCGGUUGGAAGACAUCGGCGGCGACCAACCCUACGAUUCCCACGCGCGUCGCAACACAAAGUCUUGGAAACUCGGGUUCGACCGUAGGGACAAGGAAGCCUCAGGUAAACCCUCAAAGACUCGACCUUUAACCAAUUUAAGCGAGUUUAACGAAACCCUAGAAGCAAACGAGAGAGAAGGGAACAUUGAUAGCGUCGCAAUCGGUAGCUGGAAGGUCAAGGAAUCCAAGAAGAGGGCUUCCAAGAGGGUCAGAUCGAAUUGGGUAUCGAGAAUCGACGACGAUGGUGGUGGCGGCGGCGGCGGCGGAGAGGGGGAGGAAAAGUAUAGCGCCGGUGAAGAUGGGGAUGAUGGGUAUAGGGGGUUUGACGUGGAGAAUUCGGAAAGCCCUCUGAAAGAACAAAGCCCUAUUAAUUCAAUGGAGAAUUUUGGGGUUGAGGGGCAUAGAAGGUCGUUUAAGGGUAGGGAGCACCAUGAAGGGGUUGAUGUGUCAGUGCCCUCCGAUACUGAUGUUAGGGAUUGGAAAUGUGGGGAUAGAAGGUCUGGUGAAGAUGGGGUUAGGAUUUGGCUUAAUGGGUUGGGGUUAGGUCGUUAUGCUCCUGUGUUUGAAGUGCAUGAGGUGGAUGAUGAGGUUUUGCCUAUGCUGACUCUAGAGGAUCUCAAGGAUAUGGGGAUUAGUGCUGUUGGGUCCAGAAGGAAAAUGUACACUGCAAUUCAGAAGCUUGGAAAGGGAUUCUCCUGAGCUUAGCUUGUUUUAUAUUAUUGCUCAAGGUAGACGGUGAGUGGAGGAUUCUCAGCCGUAGAUAAUUCAGAUGCAUGUGUCUGAACUGAGUUUUAGUAUGUUCUCCCAUGACUCUUUUUGUUGUUAGGCUUGGAAUCGUUAGGUGCUCUUAUUUGAGAUGCAUACUUUUUGAAAUCCAGUGCAAGUACAUAUAACUCUGCAAUUUUGUUGGAGCAAUUCAUUGUUUCUGUUACUGAAGCUAUUCUAGCUGUGUUAUCAUUGGUAAAUUGGAAGAGUGAGAGGGAGAAAAAACCACCAUAUAACGUAUUUGGAAAGCUUUUUUCUUGAAGUAAAGGGAAAUUCUGUUAAUUACUUGAUUCUAUCCAUCGGAAUGCCUAUGACACAUCUUUAUGGUUACUAUUUAUUAGGAUGUGGUGGUGUUUCUUGAAGAGUUACCAUACCUAGAAAAUAAUUCCCCGUCCCUCUCUCCCAAUACAAAUGUAGCCUGUCAUUUCAGGUGCAUUAAUUAUUACAACUUAGCACAUCUAUUUUGUAGAUAUGAUCGCAAGUUUGGUAUGCUUUAUAUGAUUAUCAUGAUAUUAAAUUUUCUGAAUUUCCUUGUUGCUUGCAAUUAAUGCCAUUUGCCACAUCUGUCUCUAACUGUCUUCAAUGCCUAGCAACAGGAUGAUUUCAAGUUUGCAAUGAUGUAAAUUCAGUUAGUGUUGGAAUCUAGUGUUUCACUGUUCAACAAUGUCUUUGUAUUUUAACUGGGAUUGUUGGAAGUAGCUGAGCUGGGGUAUGGUUGCUGAUUUUUGUUGUUGCCUGCAAAGUUCUUUUUUCUUGAGUGGAUAUAGGGGGAGUUUAUCUUUGUCGAUGGUCAGUGAUGUUGUUUGGCAGAAAUGAUAUAAAGCAUGUAAUGCUGCAAGUGAAAUCUUUUUGACUUUGAUAUCUAGUGAUGGAAGCACCAUCUAAAAGUGGCAAAUUUGGUUGUGCUUAGUGGAUCAGGAGUAUUUGACUAUCUGAGGAUGCUCCUUGAAAUUUGAGUGUUUCUGUGAUGUUUUGUGUUAUUUUUAUCCUUGGAUUAACACAUUGAAAUUAUCUUAACAUGGAGGAUAAAUUUGACAUAUGAUGAUUGAGGUAGGAGAAGGAAGCUCUAUUGUCAGGAACUCAGGAUGGAUGCUUGCUAAAAGAUUAUCAUCUUCUGCCACUUGUUCACUGUUUUUUCUUUUUGCCGGGAGAUUAACUGAUUAAUAAGAGGUAGGGAAUAAUUGGGCAGAUUAAGAAUGUAGUUGAUGAUUACAUUAACGGAGAGCAAAUAGCUUAGAGAGCUGCUAAUAAUAGUGAGGAUCCUAGUAGUUGUGGAGUUACACGCCGAAUUACCGCACUCAAUUUUCACUUCGACUAAUUGCUAUUCUAUGUUUAUAUCGCAUUUAGCAAUCAGAGCGCAUGUUUGGCUGUGCGAAUACGAUUGUCACUCAAAAUCUACCUGCCAUGAUAUGUUCUUUUUCUUAUUCGGAUCAGUGGCUCAAGACAUCAAAUGUUACAAGUUUUACAAAUCAUUAAAAUACAACUAUGGUAAUUAACUUGGAGCCAAGGAUCAAAAGUGCAUUUCAAGUUGGGAAAUGCAAUUUGAUUCACCCGGCCGUGCUAUUCCAAUUUCGAAACUGCUACAUUAUAAAGGAUUAUGGUCCAGUUAACUACCUCGGGUGCUGUAUAUAGCUUGAUUAUAACAAUGGGUAGCUACUAAAUCAGCACAUGCAUAUCAAAUUGUCGUCAUAUGACCUUAUCAUUAAGCAAUUAACCACAAAGAAAGGCAUAUUUGAAGAAUUAAAAGUUGUUUCCCACAAGAAAAUCCAUUAGUUUGAUUGCUCUCGAAAUAGAACCGUCACUACUCUGAUGAUGAUCGUUUUUGUUUUUUCAUUUUUCUUCUGUUGGUUUUGUAUUUUUCUUCUCUAUCAACUUGAGCAGCAGAUUUUAUGUUCCGGCCGAAACUUAAACAGGCUUAAAAUCCCUCCGACUACUGAAGUUUCAAUUCAUUAUAAAGACGCCUUUCUCGUUGCUACAUCUUUGGUUCUGCUGUGAAGUGCUUAAUAUGGUCACCAACCUGGGGAAAAAAGGUUGUAUAUUUGAUGUUCCUAGUUGGACUAAAUUGAUCUAAGCUGAGAAGAAUUAAACCUGAAAAAUGAACAAAAUCCCCCUCCGAAUAAAAAAAGUUGAUUUGGAUUAAUGGUGCAAUCAGACGGUGCAAAGUACAUAGAGAAUUAUAAAAUAAAAUAGGACACAGACGCAGCCCUCAUUCAGGUGUAUCUCCUAGGCUCUAAGAACAGGAUCUUUCCUCGGUUUGUGGCAAUUCCUUGUAACAGGCACGUUUCUUUGCAAGAAUCAAGAAUGUAAAGCGUUACUGAUGCUAGGACACAUGGAAAAUAUAAAACAGUAUUUGUUUAUUUCUUAAAAGUUUGUUUUUGGGGACAUGUCUUAAAAGUUUGUAAGAUGCAUAAAUUUGAAAUUCUU